GAUAGAGACGGUACAGGGAAGGCAUCCGGCGGGGGACGACCACCAAGACAAGCAUGUUAUAUACAUGGAUCCAGGUCCAAUAGAUGAUUCUAUACUAUAUGGUCAGGCUACUCAUCGAUCAUCAGCUAUCUGGGAUGGUCAGGAGUCCGGCUUUCUUACUUGUCGACGUAGAUUGCGGGCAUUGCAUAGAUCGACAUCGCUUGAUAUACGUAUAGUGCCUUAUUUGCGGCAGGCUGGAUUUUAUGGCCUAAGUCGUGUUGGUUUCAUCCAACUAGAUUGGCACUUGAUUACUGCAUUUGUAGAGCGGUGGCGUCCAGAGACUCAUACAUUUCAUCUACCAUAUGGAGAGUGCACCAUUACGUUGGAGGACAUCUGCAUCCAAUUAGGUUUACCGGUUGACGGUCUCCCAGUUAUAGGUAGUACACAACAUAAUUGGCAACAAGUUUGUUUAGAAUUGUUAGGUGUUGCUCCACCUCCAGAUAAACUUAAGGGUUCACGGUUGAGUAUGGUAUGGCUAGAAGAGCAAUUUAAUGAGUUAUCUCCUGAUGCAGAUGACAUAGUGAUACAGCGUUAUGCUAGAGCAUAUAUUUUGCAACUAAUGGGAGGGUGUCUAUUCGCAGAUAAAUCCAAUAAUCUGAUGCAUAUUAUGUUUUUGCCAUUACUUGAGGAUCUUGACUCUGCGGGACAUUAUAGUUGGGGUAGUGCAGGUUUAGCAUGGUUGUACAGAGAACUGUGUAGGGCAAGUAGGAAAGACACACAUGAUAUUGCGGGACCCUUAAUUUUAUUACAGGUGUGGGCAUGGGAUAGAUUUCCAUAUAUAGCUCCGCGUAGAUUAGGUCAACCUAUCUUAGAUCCUAUUAUGGAUGUAGUUGAUGGAGGUGUAUUGCCACGGGGUUCGUUAGCCAUGAGGUGGAGAGAUGCUUUAUCGGUAGCAGAAGUGUCCACCCAUGUUCUGAUGAUGUAUCGAUACCACCUUGAUCGUCAGAAAUCUGAGCAGGUGAUAUGGCAACCGUAUACUCCUGAGAUUCUUGCAGAGCUACCAGAUUAUUGUUUUAAUGGACAGGAUGUAUGGCGAAGUCGGGUGCCACUUUUAUGUUUUCAUAUUGUAGAGUGGCAUUACGCUGAUAGAGUGUUGCGUCAGUUUGGGAUACGACAGCCUAUUCCAAUCGAUUGUGAUACAGAUGUUAGGUUGCAUCACGUCGAUCUUAGAGGACGAGUGGAUCAAGAUUGGAGCAUCACUCAUCAGCAUUUCAUUCAGCUAUGGGAGAGUCGGCAAGAUCAGGUUAUAGAUGGUGCAUCAGUUGAUGGAACUAUGGACUUUCAUGACCCCUACAUGCAGUGGUAUCGUCGCAUCACUCGUCGAUUCAUUUGUCGUACUGGUGCGAUGUUUGACUAUUUGAUUGACAGUCUGGUGAGGAUUCAUAAUCUUGCUCGUCCAGACUCUGUGUUCACAUCCGGACAUGCUAUCCAGGAGAUAUGCACAUCAGUCCUCCAUGCUGUCGACGAGCAUAGUCGUAUCUCUAUGGGUGUCACACAAAUAGAGCAACAUACGGAGAAACACAAGGAGCCGAGUGAAGCUGAAUCGCAUCGUCGGAAGCAAUCUGCACGGAGGAAGAGACGGUCAUCACAUGGAUCAUGAUUUGUGAAGAAUAAAUUCCAAGUGUUUUUGUUGUGAUGAUGCGUUCAGUUUUGGAUAAUCCAUCUGAAGCACACCUAGAAGGCGCUGUUGAUGAUAUAAAAGCAUUUGGUGUAGUACCUGUCAGGCGUGAGGCUCUCAAUCACCUGUCAUAACCCAUCGUUCUUCUCAUGUGAGGACAAAAUGGACUUAUCCAUACCUAUUGGUUAUGGUGAUGAUGAGAUGAAGAGACAAUAGUGCAGCCUUGAAGAGAACAUUGGGACUUUUAGGAGGGAGGGGAGGAUAUGAUCUGUACAUUCGAGCACCAUCAGCUGAGUAGGGAUGGAGAUUAUUUUACUUAUAAAAGUUAAGAGUUGCAAUAUUUGUAUUUGUUAGGGAUGGCAAUUGUAGUAGAUCCACUGGAUGUCCGCUGGUUUUAACCUGACCCCCUUAAAAUUCGAGAUGGAUAUGGAUUCUAAAUAUGAUAUCCAAAAUGGAUUUGGAUCA